GGGAGAGCGGUGGGGGAAUUAAAGUGACACAGCGAUGGAAUAAUGUGGAAGUAAAGCAGAGCAGCUCACAAGGGUGAAAUCUUUAAAGGGGGAGUAACCCAUUAAUAGACGAGAAUCACCGAGGCUCAGGGUCUUUGCAGACUUUUCUAUCAACCUGGAGGAAAAUAUGGACAAGCAGCUGAUGCAGGAGGCAGCUUCCCUCUCUGCGCACUCAUGCUAGGACCUGAAGGCAUCUUGAAAUAGAAAUUCAGAGGAAGAGGAGGAGGACAGAAAGGAGGGAGAGGGAGUGGAGGGGACAUGAGAGAGAGCUCUGCUAUGCCAGGCUCAAUACCUAGCAUGGCUGUACAGAAGAAGCAGAGUGUCGUCCCUUCAUCGCAGGGACCACUUUCUACAUCCACCAUCGACAGCCAGAGGGUCGGACACAGACCCGAAGGAACACGAGAGAAUGGCUCUUAUUUCAAACCGAGUCCUCCACAGACGAAGAAAACAACCUGCUCUGCCAACAAGUCCAUCCAAAUCUGCAACGCUACCCUGCAAGUUUCUGCAGCUGGUAACGGGCUGAAUGUCGAUGAAAGGUUGAAAGCAGCGCGAGAAAGACGAGAGGAGCAGCAGAAGUUACUCGUCUCCCGGGAGCUGAGCCGACUGGAGCGGGAGCAGCGAGCCAGGCGCUACUAUGAACAACAACUACAGGAGCGGAGGAAGAAACUCCUGGAGCAAAGGCUUAAAGAGGAGAGGAGGCGAGCAGCCGUGGAGGAGAAACGCAAGCAGAGGCUGAGAGAGGAAAAGGAGCGACAUGAAACUGCCGUGCGCAGGACAAUAGAGAGGAGCCAGAAGGCUCAGCAGCAGCUCAGUCAAAGCCCCAGAGGCAGGAAGCUCGUUAAAAACGCUCCACGUCGCCUGCCUCUGUCGACGUGGGAGAGGAAUCUGGUCAGUCGCCUCCUCACCCCUACUUGCUCUUAUCUGGCUAGAAGCAAGAGUGCUGCUUGUAGGUCCGGAGAAGAAGCUCAAGUUGUCCAUGUUUGUCGUCGUGCAGCUUCAUGCCAGCCGACGGCUGCCAUCCCAUCCUCCGCCAUUAUCACUCCCAAACUCCGACAUCAGUCAGUGUCAGUCCACCGCAGGUCGCCUGCCUCACCUUCCUCCGCCAACAGCCAGCAACGACACAUCAGCCCCGCACAGAUUCAAAAAGUAAGACAGGAAGCCAUGAAGAAGACCCCAAACAGCGGCUCUGCCAAAAGAUCGUCUGCUGCUGCUGUUAACGGCAUGAAGUCGCCCACCUGCACUCAGAGCAGAACAGCCUCCCCGUCACCGGAGCGGAGCCCCAGAAGAUCGAUCAGUAGACACUCCACCCCGCUGCACCUCGAGCUCCCAGCUGUUCCUGAGGAGGACGCUGCCGUUUACUUCUCUGCUGGUAACACACGGCCUGUCAGCGCACCAGACAAAGGUCAACAGCAGACACAGAGACGAGAAAAUCUCACAGAGACGCCACGUCUAAAGCUGCCUGACGCACAGGUAGACGGCUCCACCGGGACAGCAGCAGAUGGAAAUCCGCAGCCUGCAGAGGUCAUGCUCCGUCCUUCGGCGGGCACCACUGACCCGAAGGAGGCCUUGCGACUUCUGGCUGAAAAGAGGAGAGAGGCCCGCAUGCAGCGGGAGAAAGAGGAGCAGGAGCGCCUGCAACGAGAGGAAGCCGAAAGGCGGAGUCGUGAGGAGCAGCAGCGCAGGAGGGCGGAGAAGCAGGCUCGACAGGAGGCCGAGGCCAGGCGUCUCGUAGAGGAGAAGAGGAGAAGGGAGGAGGAGGAGCAGAGGAGAGCCGAAGAGGAGAGAGCUCAGGCAAUGAGGGAGGGUGAACUUUUGCAGAAGCAGAGAGAGGAGGAACUGGCUAAAGAGCGAGCACGAGCCGAACAAAUGAAGCAAGAGCGAGAGAUUGCUGCACAGAAAGAGGAGGCAGAGCGCCAAGCGAGGAAAAAGCGACUUGAGGAGAUCAUGCGGAGAACCAGAAGAACAGAUUCACCAGAUACGAAAUCUGUGUCGGCGCGGACCGUACCAAAGGAAAACACACAGCCUCCCCACAAUGGGACGAUAGAGGAUGCCGCCAAGACGCUGGUGGGGACUAAAACCGCUGCCCAGCUGGGGCUGGGCAACGAGGACGAUGUGGUACCGGUGGUGGCCUUCAAGGAGCGCAGAUCCCUCAGGGCGCUCUCCGGCCUGGAGGACAUCCAGACCAAACAGAGAGCAGAAGUCAUCUGAGGUCAUCGUGAGGUGUCUGCCAUCCAGACGAUUUGUCCCGCACAGCUACAGCACACAGCCAUCCUGCUUCCUUUCAGCACCUCGAAAGGAGCACGCAACAUUACAGCUUCGCCUCUCAGCGAGGACGUCUUGCGGUAGCCAGUGGCACAAAAACAACAAAAAAAACACUCAGCAAAGUUCUUGCGUAAUCAUCUCUUUCCAGCAGGAUUCGAAUCAAACAAGCUCAAAAUGAAGUGCACAUCUACUUUCUGCUGUUAGUUUGCUAGUGGAUACAGUUAGUCGGUUUGAAUAAUAGCUAUUUUAUCAAUAAGAACUUGUCCAGGUUUUUUUUUUUUUAGCUUAAACCUGAUAUUACUUACUGCUGACUCAGCACUUUUCCUUUUUUUUUUCCCCUCAGUGGAACUCGAAUAAAUUGAGAUGCAGUUGAGAGCUCAAUGUCGCCGCGUUGCAAUUUUAAUCUUGAACUUUUGUAAAAUUAUAGCAAUCGUAUGUAAGAAGCUGCUACAACGAUACGGUUUCCAAAGAUAGGCUUUAAUUUUGUGUGUGUGCUGUCUUAGAGGCGAGAAUGCAACAAUGCCUUUUUUUUUUGUUUAUUUGUUUGCUUUCACAGUUGCUUCAAAUCAAGAGAGCUGUAGGUUAAAUGCUUUUUAAGCAUAAAAAUGCAUAAAAAUCGUGACUUAAACUUGAUCCUAUACCUUAAGUACUGUUCUAGACUAUCACAAGUUAGCUUUAUAAAAAUGUUCAAAUAUAUUAAAGCUGAUGCCA